AUGGAAGAAAAAACAAUGGAGGUAACUAAGUUGGUAAAUAAUAUUAUUUAAUAAUAGAAAAUUGAAUAAAAUGUAUAAAAGCACUAAAGGGAAACAAGAUUUAAGACAUUUGAAAAUUUUAGAGAUUUAAAAGCAAAAUAAGACCAUGAUGAUUUAAUAAAAUAAUUUGAAGAGUAAUUCUAUGUUAUUGGUAAUAUCAAAUUAAAUAUUAGAUGAAAAAUAUAUAAAAUAAUAAAUAGAUUAAAAAGCUGAAGAAUAAGAAUAUUAUUCUCAGGUUUAUGAAAAAUCAAUGUUAGCUAAUUUAGAUAAUAUAAACUUUGAAAUGCCUUCAUCCUUAGAGGAAGAAUUUAUUUGA